GAGAACAAGACAGUGAGGUUUAGAGAGAGGGAGGGAGAGCAGGCAGGGAACCAGAGCCAGCAUUGAAGAGACGGAGAGCACCAACACAUAAGAUAACAAGAGAUACGCGUGGGAACAGCAGCCCUCAGAAAAGCAGAAACAGAGAUAUAGAGGCACAGAAUAGGGUAGUCACGGCCUGUGGCUCUGUCUGUGAGUGAUACAGUGAGCCUCCACGGUUCUCUUGAGGCCGUGGCAGCCAUGGCGUCGGAGUCUAGCACCCAGUCCAGGGUGAUGUUUCAGGUGCAGGACAAAACAGAGGAGCCGGCGCAUCGUAAGCUGGGCAAGCUGACAGUUAAAUACAACCGUAAGGACCUGCAGAGGAGGCUGGAUAUUGAGGAGUGGAUCGACGGACAGCUGCACUUGCUCUUUGACUGUGAGGAAGAAGAAAUCCCAGAGUUAGAAAUAGACAUAGAUGAGCUACUGGAGUUAUCGGACGAAGGACAAAGAACCCGGCUGCAGGAGCUGCUGCAGGAAUGUGGAAAGCCAAAAGAGGACUUUAUCAACGGGCUGCUCUACAGGAUAAAGGGUCUACGCAAAAUGUCGGGUCCUUUGAAAAAAUAACUAUAGGUCAAAUUAAGACAUAAGACAAUGUUGAACCUCUUAUCUUCCCAUCUCCAGCGUGGUAACCUUUUGGAUGCCUGUAUGUGCGGUUCGCAUGUUGGUUGGACUUUUCCUGGCAUCCUGGGUCAGCAUCAAAACACCAGAGCAGGAGGGUUGUGAAUGGAUUUUAUUUUCACUUUAAUCUAUGGACUGUUAGAACAUUUUGUCUCCCAUUAACAUACCAAUAAUGUACAAGUGAUGAAUAUUGUAAUGACUAUUACUCAGAUGGAUUUUUUUCUGUAAGACUGUACUUUUUUUGUUUGCUUAUUUAUGUACAUAAAUAUUUUGUUCAGGUAACAGUGUUGUCAGAAUAAAACUGAACAUUUUCAAAAGAAA